AUGGCGGACAUUGAGGCAGCAAAGCGUGCGGCAGCACAGGAAGCAGUCAGACAGCACUUCCCAGAGAACCCGCGCUUCGUAGGCAUAGGCUCAGGCACAACGGUCAAGUACGUUGUAGAAGCAAUCAAGGAUCUAGGAAGAGAUGUGUCACGGAUAGGCUUCGUGCCCACAGGCUACCAGUCGAAACAACUCAUCAUCGAAGCUGGACUGGUACCGAUCGAGUUCGAUGCCUUACCUGACGAUGCGCGCAUAGAAGUUGCGUUUGACGGAGCCGACGAAGUAGACGACGAUAUGAACUGCAUUAAAGGAGGAGGUGCCUGCCUGUAUCAGGAGAAGCUUGUCGCGAUGCGAUCAAAAGUCUUCAUCUGUGUUGCCGACCACAGGAAACUGCAAUCGCGGCUACUUACAAAGUGGCCGACCAUCCCAAUCGAGGUCGAACCAAAGGCCGCUCGUCAAGUGAUGCAACGUCUGAAGAUCCUGGGGAGCAGAAGUCCCGACGGAAAAGGUCCUUUCAUCCGCGAAGGCGCCAUGUUGAAGGCAGGGCCUAUCAAGACCGACCAGGACUUUUACAUCAUAGAUGCACCAUUCCCACAUCCUCUUCUUUCCGCCGAGGAUCUGGCCAACGGUAUGACAUCAGACAGUAGCAGAGGUAUCUGGGACGUUGAGGACAUUGCACGAACCAUCAAGGACAUCAACGGAGUGCUUGCCGUCGGCCUCUUCUGCGGACCCACCGGGCCUGAGGCAGAUGCUGCUGGUGUGGUGGGAGGUCAGAGACCUAUCGCAUGCUACUUUGGCAUGCCCGAUGGCUCGGUCACUCUGCGCAAAGCAGGCAAGAAGCGAGAUUCGGUCGUCCACCAAUAUCCUCCGAUACAGCCGGUCGUGUCGAAUUCGCACUGA